AUGUUAAUCGUACGGACGUUUUUGUUAGUUUACAGUGCACAAUAUUUAAAUGGGGAUACUGGGACAGAGGCAAAUACAGAAGCUACAAUUAACCAAGACGAAAAUGAAUUUCAUGAAGGCAGAAAAAUAACUGUUGAAUGGGAUCAAUGUGCAUUAAGAAUAAUUGGCAGUGGUUUGGAAUGGGAUGGUAGUGUCGAUAGUUGCACAACAGAAUGUAUUGGACAAGACCAAAAAGGAUAUACCUAUUUACAAGGGGAAAAAGAAAAAAAAGUGAAAAAGCCUAUCUCAGAUGAAAGUAGAGAAAAUUUGGGACCUAAACUACUUUCUGAAGAUGAACCAGAUUCAGAAGAAGCUACAAAUGAAGCUAAACCAAGUAACAAAGAGCAAUCAAAAACAGAUAAAGAUAAAAUAGAACCUGGUUCCACAGACUAUGAUAAUGGACCAUUGGACACAUUAAAAAUUAAAGGAGAACCUGGACUAAACGGAGACAAAGGUGAUAAUGGAGUUAUUGGAUCCCCCGGCAUUCAAGGGCCUAAAGGAGAAUCUGGGCAAAAGGGAGAUAAAGGAGAUAGUGGCACUAUAGGAGCAAUGGGUUCUCCGGGACCUUUGGGUGUACCUGGGGAAAAAGGAGAACCAGGAGAGAAAGGAGAUAAGGGAGAUGCAGGUUUAAUUGGAACUAAAGGCGAUAAGGGACCACCGGGAUUCAAUGGUAUUGGAACACAGGGAGAAAAGGGUCAGAAGGGUGAACCGGGAGUCUUCGUUGUUGGCCCUGCUGGACCUCCCGGACCUCCUGGGAAAGAUUUUGAAAGAGAUUUAACAGGCUCCGAGUCACGUGACAAAAAUCUGGGAUCAGAAGCAAACCCAGCUAAAUCAUGUUCGGAUAUAGAUUCGAGAGAGAGUGGUAAUUACCACCUUAACCCGGCUAAAGUGUUCGAGGCUGUAUGCGACUUUGAAGAAGAACGUGUCUGCAUCCAUCCUAAGACCACAGAUGAUAAGUUCUAUAUUAUACCUUCGAACACCACCUGGGUGGGAAAAACUGAGCUGAACAUGGAAAAAUUCUAUGAUGAUAUGUUCCCCAACAUCGAAUACCUGCGCAAAAUCACGACGUUUGCCUCGCAAAGGAUUAAAAUAAACUGUAAAGAUGCGUUCAGAGUAAUCGACGGACAUAAAUAUUUGCAAAUGCUUUUGUGGAGCAACGUCCUAAUCGGUCCGACGCCUACAGAUCGUACGCCCGUGCACUAUAAUAUUGUCCACGACACUUGUGAUAAACCUGGAGGCUUCGCUGAAUUAGAAAUAUCAACAUACGGAAGCCAGCUGCCGAUAAUCGAUAUGUACCUAGAUACCCUCACUUCAUCGCCUAGGUUAUCGAUGGAACUAGUGGAGUUAUGCUUUAGAGAUUAA